AUUUAACCAUAUUUCUUUUGUGGCUAUAUAUGAAGAACCAUAGAGCUUUUAAAAAAACUCCACUUUGGUCUCUGUGUUUUGUGAGCUUGCAUUCCAUCCAUGGCUUUCACCCUCUGCAAUCAGCUUGAGGUUCAGCCUCACUUUGUGUUAGUUCCUCUUAUGGCUCAAGGCCACAUGAUUCCCAUGAUCGACAUCGCCACUCUUCUCGCUCGUCACGGCAUCUUCGUCACCUUCGUCACCACCCCAUACAAUGCUUCCAGGUUCGUAAUGACACUACCAAGAAGAAACAAGAAAUCUUCCCCGUCUAUUUCGCUACUAGAAAUCCCCUUCCCUUGCCUGCAAGUCGGCCUCCCACUCGGCUGCGAGAAUCUCGAUGCUCUGCCGUCUCGUGGCCUUCUUAGAAAUUUCUACAAUGCCCUGUCUUUGCUUCAGCAGCCACUGGAGAUGUCCUUGGAUAAUCAUCUUCUUCCCCCCACUUGCAUAGUUUCAGAUAAGUAUUUGUAUUGGACUGCUCAAACAGCCCACAAAUUCAAAUGCCCGCGGGUUGUCUUUCAUGGAACUGGCUGCUUCUCACUCCUGAGCUCACACAAUCUCCAAAUUUACAGUCCCCAUAGCUCUGUUCAUUCUGAUUUCCAGCCAUUUUUGGUGCCUGGAUUGCCUCAUAAGAUUGAAAUUACAAAAUUCCAGCUUCCUGGAUCCUUAGUAAAGUCCCCUGAUUUCGAAGAUUUUAGAGAUAAAAUAACAGAGGCAGAACAGGAAGCAUAUGGGGUUGUGGUGAAUAGCUUUACAGAGCUUGAAAAUGGAUACUCUGAAAAUUACGAGCGUGCAAUUAGCAAGAAACUAUGGUGUAUCGGGCCAGUUUCGCUUUGUAACAAAAAUAGUUCUGAGAAAUACAGCAGGGGAAACAGAGCAUCAAUUAAACAGAGAAAUUGUUUAGAUUGGCUUGAUUCAAUGAUCCCGAAAUCAGUCCUUUACAUCUGUCUCGGAAGCUUAUGUCGAUUGAUUCCUUCACAACUCAUCCAAAUUGGGCAGAGUUUAGAAUCUUCAACUCGUCCAUUCAUCUGGGUGAUCAAGAACAGAGAUGAGAAUUACUCUGAGUUGGAGAGAUGGCUAUCAGAAGAGGAUUUUGAGGGGAAAAUCAAAGGCAGGGGAUUGAUCAUCAGGGGAUGGGCUCCUCAGCUGUUGAUUCUGUUGCAUCGGUCGAUCGGAGGGUUUCUAACGCACUGCGGAUGGAACUCAACGGUCGAAGGAAUCAGCGGUGGGGUGCCGAUGAUCACUUGGCCACAAUUUGCAGAGCAGUUUUUGAAUGAGAAGCUUGUGGUGGAGGUUUUGAAGAUUGGAGUGAGGAUUGGAGUGGAAGGGGCAGUGAGAUGGGGAGAAGAGGAAGGAGUUGGAGUGAUGGUGAAGAAGGAAGAGAUUGAGAAAGCAAUUGAAAUGGUGAUGGAUGGUGGAGAAGAAGGAGAAGAAAGAAGAAGAAGAGUUGGAGGUUUGAGUAAAAUGGCUGCCAAAGCUAUGGAAAGCGGAGGAUCUUCAUAUGUUAAUUUGUCACUCUUCAUCAAAGAUGUAAUGGCUCAAUCAGCUCAUCUCAAGGCUUAACCCUUUCUUUUUCUAUUUCAAAUUUACAUAUUAAAUGUUCAUAAGUUGAUCUCAUCAAUAUAAUUUUAAACGCUAUUCCAACAGUUCAAAUUACAAAGUUUAUUAUGUCAAAAAUUCGGUACAUCAUUUCUGCAAACAAGCA